UCGGUUAUUCGCCGGCAGCGUUCCGCCGCGAGUGCGCGUAUCGUCCCCGUGUCGAGUGAAGUUUUAUUUAUCCUCAUCCGAAACAAAUGGGCGUCGAUAGUGAAACGUGAACUCGCUGUGAAUUUGUGAUCGAUUGUAAAACAGUUUUUGUGCAUUUCGCCCGGCUCGAAGGAGCGUGACAGUUGAGGAAUUUCGUCGGAGGCCGUCGGCUGCGUCGGGCCCCGACAUGGAGAGCUACUUCGACAUCUCCAACGACCUGAAGGAUGUCUGGGACGCGGACAUCGACCCGGAGAUGCAAGACGUGCUGGACGAGGAAUCCGACAUGGGCGACUGGCUGAUCGAGCGGGACUCCAAGCUGGGCGUCAUUCUCCACGACAGACUCAUGACGGACGCCGCCCUCGGCGCCGCGCCCAUCAAGACCGAGCACAGCUACAGCCUGCACUCCGACGUCGAGUCGCCGCCCGGCUCGCCGCACACCAAAGUCGAUGACAUGGAGGACGAGUGCUACCCCGUAAUCCCGGCGAGCGCGUGGCGGUCGCGGCGGUGCCUGUCACCGACCGUCAAGUCGGAGCCGAAGUCGGAGCCCGACUCCCCCGCGUCCUCCUGCCCCCCGUCACCCGCGCCCACCACUCCCGUCACACACGUCGACUACGUCAUCGACCACACGACCGGUACAAUUCACAUGCCACAGGAAGUGCUACAGAAAGUCGGCGCUGCGGGCGUACAGCAGUUAGUGUUGAGCACAGCACCGCGCAUCGCCAACUCGCUAAACAACAAACUCUCUAUAAAAGUCACAUCGUCCGGCUCAGGCUUCAACCUGCCGCCGACGCCGCCGUCGUCCCUCUCCUCGUCGGACAGCGAAGGCGCACUAUCACCAUCGCACGACGCGCCGCCCGCCGCCGCGCCACCCGCGCGCCGCUCGCACCUCUACGUGUCGCACCACUCGCGACAACCGAUCAACACGCCGCUCAUUAGCACGCAGCCGAAAGGCUCAACGGGUACACUAGUGCUCACGGAGGAGGAGAAACGCACACUGCUAGCUGAGGGCUACCCCGUGCCCACGCGCCUGCCGCUCACUAAAGCUGAGGAGAAAUCGCUCAAGAAGAUCAGGAGGAAAAUUAAAAAUAAGAUAUCGGCCCAAGAGAGCAGACGCAAGAAGAAGGAAUACAUGGACCAAUUAGAAAGAAAAGUAGAAAUUCUAGUUUCGGAGAACUCCGACUAUAGGAAGAAGGUGGAAUCUUUAGAGCAGAAAAAUGCCAAUCUCAUGAGCCAGUUGGCAGCUCUGCAGGCCCUCGUAUCGAGGGGGGUUAGGAAGUGACGUCAUAACACACACAAUGACGUCACGCUAUGCACAGGGACUUAAUCUGUUUUAUUUUGACCGCCAUAGGUUAGCCCGACCAGGAAGAUGGAAGCCUUAGCUCAAUUUUUAUUGUGGCAACGCUACAAAGGAUAUGAUUGGUUUAAUCUCGAAGAAUUGACGUUAGUGACGGUUCUAGUUCGUGAGUCUUCCGCAAGAUGGCGUGGUUUUCUGUAUUCCUGGUCAGGCUAAAUAUAUGACGUCACAUUCGAGACGGUGCAAGAAUCUGAUUUCCAGAAGUUUCUAUCUCUGUAUAUAAAGUGUACGAGGGAGAUAAAAAUUUUGGAGCGUCAGAAUUUUGCAGCGCAGACACUGCAUUUGAUCACAAAAUCGCAAACGCAUAAAUUUUCAAAAUACUUUGAAUACCGAAUUUAUGUUCGAGCUCCUCUAUAGAACAGUAUUAUUUCUAUGGCAUUUGUGAUCAAAAUGCUACAACUUAAGGCUGUGAGAAAUGGCAGAAAUUGUUCUCACAGUAUAGGCGAAACUUCUUACUUGGGAGUCUGAUUUUGAGAUAGUUAUGUUAGGACUAGGGACGCCACGGUUCGCGUAUCUUGUACGACAACGAUGUCCGUGUAUAGCGAUGUAUAUUUUGGAUGUAAUUUACAUGUUACAAAAUGACUGUAAUUUCAAUGAUUGCUCAUUGUUUCGUAGUUAUUGUGGUGGUGCUGGCGCGGCGGCCGUCCGAGUGCCACAUUAGAUAUUUAUUUGCGCGGGGUCAGCUUCGGGACGCGCUAGAAAUCUCGAAUUUAAGGCCCCAAGGCACGUAUUUUAAGUCUUUGAUGCGUGUUUUUGUCAUGCAGGUAGGUUAAGGCAUUAUAAUUGUUACCGAAAUCGUAAUUUAUCGAUGUUUACGGCGAGUCGCUUUACUCCUCUUCUCCUGCUGAUUGUUAUUUUACUCUAUAUAUUUAUUGAAUGUUAUUAAACUACUCGUGAUUCCGAGUAUUUUAAGGUCGAGACGGCACUAUCUGCUCAAAAUAUCCGUAUUCCUUCCUGCUCGUAAGUCUGUGAAUUUGGUCAUAAUAUAGCUCGAGAAUUAUUUAUUUGAGCAGAUAGCCAAGUCCUACCAUUAACCAAUAUGCAGCGAGCGAUAUUCCUCAAAAACAUUUCUUAUCGAGUGUUCAAAAAAAUAAAGAACAACUGUUUCUAUUCAUAUCCCUCUUAUCACUGUAUUUUAUCUUUACUAUAUUCUAUUCAGUCGAUAUUGAAUUCUGGCCUCGUCUAUUUAACUAUCGCUCGCUGAUAUUGCGUAAUUAUGAAAAAUAGAGUCCAAAAGAAAGAGGAUUGAAACGCGGUGCGGUAGACGGCACAGUUCGUUUGCGUGCGUGGCGCUGCGUGUACGUAAACGCGUACGCACUGCGGACGUGCUUGCGUACAAAUAUGUCCUGACGCACAUAUAGAAAGUUCAAAUAAUUAUCUUCUAUCUCGGGCCUCGCCGCGCACGCACACGAGUUGACGCCGAGUAUCAGGAAUUAUUAGCAUAAUAAAUACUACGUAAGGCGUCGCCUUAUUAUAUUUUUGAAUUCCAUGAAUUUGCAUUUAUAGCGAAA